UGAAAAUGCAAAUUGUUGGUAACAAAUAUUGGUAAAAUGCGGAGGCCGUAGGAAUUUGUGCAAUGCGAGUGCGAAGUGAAGGAGCCCGAAACUAUGCAGCUAAAAAGCAGCCAUCAUACCCCGCAUCGAAUCAAUAAUAAUACAAUAACCCAGACGUAUUACACGGAUAAUGGCAGCAUAAACCAGUUAACAUCCGACAGUGUUUCCGCAUAAUCACCUGUCUCCUCCUCCUCCACAUCCCCUCGAAAAAUCCCCAUGAUCAGCGGAGGAUUGUGGAGCAGUAACUAGCGAGGGAGCAGUAACCAGGAUGUCGCAGCCGCGCGGAGGGCGUGGCGGUGGGCGUGGCGGCGGAGUGGGACGCAAAACCCCCUCCUCGCUGACCGGUCCGCCGGAUGAGUCGGCCACGCCCAGCGAACGGGCUACGCCCGCCAGCAAAGCGGACUCCGAUCCCAAGGACGACAGCUCGAGCAAUGGCGACAAGAAGGACAUGGAUCUCUUUCCAGCCCCCAAGCCGCCGAGUGCCGGCGCCUCCAUUCGGGACACGGCGAACAAGGUCCUCGGAUUGGCCAUGAAAAGCGAGUGGACGCCCAUCGAGGCGGAGCUGAAGAAGCUGGAGAAGUAUGUGGCCAAUGUGGGCGAGGAUGGCAAUCACAUUCCGCUGGCCGGCGUUCACGACAUGAAUACCGGCAUGACGCCGCUGAUGUACGCAACCAAGGACAAUAAGACGGCCAUAAUGGAUCGCAUGAUUGAGCUGGGCGCCGAUGUGGGAGCCCGCAACAAUGAUAAUUAUAAUGUGCUACACAUUGCCGCAAUGUAUUCGCGUGAGGAUGUCGUCAAAUUGUUGCUAACAAAACGCGGCGUGGAUCCCUUCUCCACCGGUGGCUCGCGUUCCCAAACUGCGGUGCAUUUGGUGUCCAGUCGACAAACCGGAACUGCAACUAACAUCCUCCGCGCUCUGCUCGCGGCUGCUGGCAAGGAUAUUCGCUUGAAAGCGGACGGUCGUGGCAAAAUACCAUUGCUCCUGGCCGUGGAGUCGGGCAACCAGUCCAUGUGCAGGGAGCUCCUGGCUGCACAAACAGCAGAGCAGCUCAAGGCAACGACGGCCAAUGGAGACACGGCCUUGCAUUUGGCCGCCAGACGGCGGGACGUGGACAUGGUCCGCAUCCUGGUCGACUACGGAACGAAUGUGGACACGCAGAACGGGGAGGGCCAGACGCCGCUCCACAUCGCGGCGGCCGAGGGCGAUGAGGCUCUACUCAAGUACUUCUAUGGCGUGCGCGCCUCAGCGUCCAUUGCGGACAACCAAGAUCGCACUCCGAUGCACUUGGCCGCCGAGAAUGGACAUGCGCACGUCAUCGAGAUACUGGCCGACAAGUUCAAGGCGAGCAUCUUCGAGCGCACCAAGGAUGGCAGCACGCUGAUGCACAUUGCGUCGCUCAACGGUCAUGCUGAGUGCGCCACGAUGCUCUUCAAGAAGGGCGUCUACCUGCACAUGCCCAACAAGGAUGGAGCCCGGAGUAUUCACACCGCCGCCGCCUAUGGCCACACGGGCAUCAUCAACACGCUGCUGCAGAAGGGCGAGAAAGUGGACGUGACCACCAAUGAUAACUAUACCGCACUGCACAUAGCCGUGGAGUCGGCCAAGCCCGCCGUUGUGGAAACCCUGUUGGGAUUCGGAGCAGAUGUCCAUGUCCGUGGAGGAAAGCUGCGCGAGACUCCCCUGCACAUUGCGGCGCGUGUGAAGGAUGGUGACAGGUGUGCCCUCAUGCUGCUGAAGUCGGGAGCCAGUCCCAACUUGACCACGGACGACUGCCUGACCCCCGUCCAUGUGGCGGCCCGUCAUGGCAAUCUGGCCACGCUGAUGCAACUCCUCGAGGACGAAGGCGAUCCGCUGUACAAAUCAAAUACCGGAGAGACACCCCUGCACAUGGCCUGUCGCGCCUGCCAUCCGGAUAUUGUGCGCCAUCUGAUCGAGACGGUGAAGGAGAAACACGGCCCGGACAAGGCCACCACGUAUAUAAACUCGGUUAACGAGGACGGCGCCACGGCGUUGCAUUACACCUGCCAAAUCACCAAGGACGAGGUUAAGAUUCCCGAAUCCGACAAGCAGAUCGUUCGCAUGCUCCUCGAAAAUGGCGCGGAUGUGACGUUGCAAACGAAAACGGCCUUGGAGACCGCCUUCCACUAUUGCGCCGUGGCUGGCAACAAUGAUGUGCUGAUGGAGAUGAUCUCCCACAUGAAUCCCACGGACAUCCAGAAGGCCAUGAACCGGCAAUCAUCGGUGGGCUGGACUCCGCUGCUGAUUGCCUGCCAUCGAGGGCACAUGGAGCUGGUCAAUAAUCUCCUGGCGAAUCACGCUCGAGUGGAUGUCUUCGAUACGGAGGGCAGAUCUGCCCUCCACUUGGCGGCUGAGCGAGGCUACUUGCAUGUGUGUGAUGCCCUGCUGACCAAUAAGGCGUUCAUUAACUCCAAGUCACGCGUGGGACGCACUGCACUCCAUCUGGCAGCCAUGAAUGGGUUUACGCAUCUGGUGAAGUUCCUGAUCAAGGAUCACAAUGCGGUAAUCGAUAUUCUAACGCUGAGAAAGCAAACGCCGCUCCAUUUGGCGGCGGCCAGCGGGCAGAUGGAAGUCUGUCAGCUGCUCCUCGAGCUGGGCGCCAAUAUCGAUGCGACGGACGAUCUGGGCCAGAAGCCCAUCCACGUCGCCGCCCAGAACAACUACUCUGAAGUGGCCAAACUCUUCCUGCAGCAGCAUCCGUCCCUGGUGAAUGCCACCAGCAAGGAUGGCAACACCUGUGCCCACAUUGCCGCCAUGCAGGGAUCCGUCAAGGUGAUCGAGGAGCUGAUGAAGUUCGAUCGGUCGGGCGUGAUUUCGGCGCGGAACAAACUCACGGAUGCCACGCCCCUGCAGCUGGCCGCCGAGGGCGGACAUGCGGAUGUGGUGAAGGCUCUAGUGAGAGCUGGUGCCUCCUGCACAGAGGAGAACAAGGCGGGAUUCACCGCCGUCCAUCUGGCGGCACAGAAUGGACACGGCCAGGUCUUGGAUGUGCUGAAGAGCACAAACUCCCUAAGGAUCAAUAGCAAAAAGUUGGGUCUGACGCCGCUGCACGUGGCUGCCUACUACGGACAGGCGGAUACCGUGCGGGAAUUGCUGACCAGUGUUCCCGCCACCGUCAAGUCGGAAACCCCGACGGGCCAAAGUCUGUUUGGGGAUCUGGGCACGGAGUCGGGAAUGACGCCACUGCACCUGGCGGCCUUUUCCGGCAACGAGAACGUGGUGCGAUUGCUCCUCAACUCGGCGGGUGUUCAAGUGGAUGCGGCGACCAUCGAGAACGGCUAUAAUCCGCUCCAUUUGGCUUGCUUCGGUGGUCACAUGUCAGUGGUCGGUUUGCUCCUAAGUCGGUCGGCGGAACUCCUCCAAUCGCAGGAUCGUAACGGCAGGACGGGCCUGCAUAUCGCCGCCAUGCAUGGCCACAUCCAGAUGGUGGAGAUUCUGCUCGGCCAGGGCGCGGAGAUCAACGCAACCGAUCGGAACGGUUGGACGCCACUGCAUUGUGCUGCCAAAGCUGGCCACUUGGAGGUGGUGAAGUUGCUGUGCGAGGCGGGUGCCUCCCCCAAGUCGGAGACCAACUACGGUUGCGCCGCCAUUUGGUUCGCCGCCUCCGAGGGACACAACGAGGUGCUGCGGUAUCUGAUGAACAAGGAGCACGACACCUACGGCCUGAUGGAGGACAAGCGCUUCGUGUACAACCUGAUGGUGGUGUCCAAGAACCACAACAACAAGCCCAUACAGGAGUUUGUCCUGGUAUCACCAGCGCCCGUGGAUACGGCUGCCAAGCUGUCCAACAUCUACAUAGUGCUCUCGACGAAGGAAAAAGAGCGCGCCAAGGAUCUGGUAGCUGCUGGCAAACAGUGCGAGGCCAUGGCCACGGAGCUCUUGGCCCUGGCAGCUGGCUCGGAUUCCGCCGGAAAGAUCCUUCAAGCCACCGAUAAGCGGAACGUGGAGUUUCUCGACGUGCUCAUCGAAAAUGAGCAGAAGGAAGUGAUUGCCCACACGGUGGUGCAGCGAUACUUGCAAGAACUCUGGCACGGCUCACUGACGUGGGCUUCCUGGAAGAUCCUUCUGCUGCUCGUGGCCUUCAUCGUCUGCCCACCAGUGUGGAUUGGAUUCACUUUCCCCAUGGGUCACAAGUUCAACAAGGUGCCCAUCAUCAAGUUCAUGUCGUACCUAACCUCUCACAUUUACCUCAUGAUCCACCUGAGCAUCGUGGGCAUAACGCCCAUAUACCCGGUGCUCCGAUUGAGUUUGGUGCCCUACUGGUACGAGGUGGGUCUGCUGAUCUGGCUGAGUGGACUGCUCCUCUUCGAGCUGACGAAUCCGUCGGACAAGUCGGGAUUGGGAUCCAUAAAGGUGCUCGUGCUGCUGCUCGGAAUGGCCGGAGUGGGCGUCCAUGUGUCGGCAUUCCUAUUCGUCUCCAAGGAGUACUGGCCAACUUUGGUGUAUUGCCGGAAUCAGUGCUUCGCGUUGGCCUUCCUGCUGGCCUGUGUGCAGAUCCUGGACUUCUUGUCCUUCCACCACCUCUUCGGACCCUGGGCCAUCAUCAUUGGCGAUCUUCUGAAGGAUCUGGCCCGGUUCCUGGCCGUCCUGGCCAUCUUUGUGUUUGGCUUUUCCAUGCACAUUGUGGCCCUAAAUCAGAGCUUCGCCAACUUUUCACCGGAGGAUCUGCGCAGCUUCGAGAAGAAGAAUCGCAAUAGAGGCUACUUCAGUGACGUGCGCAUGCAUCCGAUUAACUCGUUCGAGUUGUUGUUCUUCGCCGUGUUCGGACAAACGACGACCGAGCAAACGCAAGUUGACAAAAAAAAUGUAGCCACGCCCACUCAACCGUAUUGGGUUGAGUACCUGUUCAAAAUUGUCUUUGGCAUUUACAUGUUGGUGUCGGUGGUUGUGCUCAUUAACCUGCUGAUUGCUAUGAUGUCAGACACCUAUCAACGUAUCCAGGCCCAAUCCGACAUCGAGUGGAAAUUCGGCUUGUCCAAGCUUAUACGCAAUAUGCAUCGCACCACAACAGCGCCAUCGCCGCUUAAUUUAGUUACCACCUGGUUUAUGUGGAUCGUCGAGAAGGUCAAGGCACGCAUGAAGAAAAAAAGAAGCGUCCAAGUCUGGUUUCAGAUGAUGGGAAUACGUCAGGCCAGUCCGCGUACCAAAGCCGGCGCCAAGUGGCUGUCGAAGAUCAAAGA